AUGUUGUCGCAGAAGCCUACAGAAUGCCGUAGGCCAGCUUGGAAAGCUAUUGCAAGGCCAACAAUCUCGAGCGUCAAAGAAUCCCCUCCAGGAAAUGCGGCACGAUCUACGCGUUUCGGCUUCCCGAAAUCGGGCCGCUAUUCACUAUCGUACUGGCUCCAAGGCGUACAAGGAGACCCUCUGCUGAAUCAUCGAACGACGCCCGACCUGCCCACAUCGGCUGAUAUCGUGAUAAUCGGGUCUGGUAUAACCGGAACACUAGCAGCCAAACACUGCAAAGGAGCAUGGGCCGAGAAAAGCAUCGUUGUUCUUGAAGCCCGUAAGUUCUGCUCAGGUGCUACUGGUCGGAAUGCCGGACACUGUAAGCCAGACCAAUGGCGCGGGUUUAGCGAAUAUGAGAAGAAGUUUGGGACUGAACAGGCUCUUAAGAUUCUCGAUAACGAGCAGCAGACGUGGUUAGCACUGGUGGAAUAUGUACGGCAGAAUAAUGUCGACUGCGAUCUAUGGGUUGGUGACACCCUGGAUGUCCCAACGACCCCAGACGUCGCAGCUAUUGCAAGGAGGAAUUUCGAGCAUUUCCAGGCCGCUGGUGGCAAAGUUGACCAUAUCAAAGUCACCCAUGAUCCCAUGGAAGCAUUCAAGAUAUCACGCAUCAAAGAUGCCCAGGCGUGCUAUUCCUGGUCAGCGUCAACGCUUUGCCCCUGGAAACUCACCGCUCAUAUCAUGCGCGACAAUUUACAGAAAGGAGUCAAUCUUCAGACUCGCACCAAAGUAACCCGGGUUGUUAAGUCUUCAAAAGUACUAGGAAAUUGGAUCGUGAAGAGCGACCGCGGCGACAUUGAGUGCUCCCAGGCCAUUCAUGCAACAAACGCGUAUAGCUCUGCCCUGGCGCCAUCUCUGCGCGGCCUCAUAUAUCCCCAGCCUCACAUGUGCGACCGCAUUAUCCCCCCAGUGGCAUUUGAAGAAUCCGAGGCGCUCACCAACUCGUACGGUGUCCUUCUCGCAAAUGGGGAUCUGUUCAGUAUCAACCCGCGGAAUACGACAGAAGGUUCGGCUUUCAUCGGAGGCAGCAACCCCGGUCAGCCUGCGUUCGAACGAUGGCUCGAAGCUCACCCGGAAAGGGGGAUAGACGAUAGCUUGCAGGGGUUCAGGCCCGUGACCGAAGCCGUCCGAGCCUUCGCCCAGUCCCAGAUCAUCGGGUGGAAGGCCGAGUUCAACAAUGACAGCUGGAGUGGCAUCAUUGCUAGGGAAUAUAUUCCUCACUUUAUAUGUAGCAAGAAGCUAAUCGAUGGAUAG